AUGCCAUGGGUGCAGGUUUCCCUAACAUGGCAUAAUCUUUAUGAAGAAAAUUUAAUAUUUGUGUUUCUGAUGGCUGUGGAGUCCUUGUUGGAAUGGUUAGAAUGCAGUAUGCUGGAUGAGCUGCUGCUUCAUUGCGUGGUGCCUGUAAGAAGGGGCAGCAGGGAGGGUAAGCACAUUGAGCUGGAGUACCAAAGAAGGAUGUUGCUAGCUGGAAGUCUCAUCAGAAAUAUCCCCUUCACCAGCAACAUAGUUAAGAUCAACGUGCAAUGGGGAGCCGUCCUGAGAAACAUUGCCCUCUCGAUUAUCUUGGCUCUCGCUGGUCUUGGCCUUAACCCGGAGGCUCUGUAUAAAUUAAAAGCUGUCUGCCUCCGACUAAGCUUGGGGCCCUGCAUCAUUGAAUCGUGCGCAGCAGCCGUCAUCUCCCAUUUUAUCAUGGGCCUGCCAUGGGAAUGGGCAUUUAUGUUAGGAUUUGUCCUAGGAGCUGUGUCUCCUGCUAUUGUCGUCCUUUCAAUGCUGGGGUUACAAGCCAGAGGAUAUGGUGUCGACAAAGGCAUCCCAACCUUGCUAAUAGCUGCUGGUAGUGUGGAUGAUAUUGUGGCCAUCACGGGUUUCAACACCUUCUUAGGCAUGGCCUUUUCUUCAGGGUCUACCAUUAAAAGUCUCCUCCAUGGUGUAAUGGAAAUUGCAAUUGGUAUAGGAGCUGGUGUCGUUCUGGGAAUUUUUAUUUGGUACUUUCCAAGCAGAGAUCAGACAGCACUUGCAUGGAAAAGAACAUUCUUCGUGAUGGGUUUAUCUGCAUUUAGUCUUUUGGGAAGCAGGAUUUUUAACAUACAUGGAUCUGGUGGUCUCUGUACAAUUAUCUUUGCAUUUCUGGGAGGGCUGGCAUGGGGUGAUGAGAAGAAAGCUGUGGAAGAAAAGGUUUCAGUGGCUUGGCAUAUUUUUCAGCCCUUUCUGUUUGGCUUAAUAGGAGCCGAAAUAUCUGUUAUCAGUCUUGGAAUUAAAAUGGUUGGACUAUGUUUGGCUACUUUGGGUCUGGCCUUAGCAGUACGAGUUAUUGCUACUUUUUUAAUGGCAACUGCCGCUGGUUUUGAUUUCAAGGAGAAAUUGUUUAUCGCACUAGCAUGGAUCCCCAAAGCAACAGUCCAGGCUGCAAUUGGUUCUGUCGCCUUGGAUACAGCACGACUACAUAAUAUUGAACAACUACAACAAUAUGGCUUGAGCAUCUUGACAGUAGCAUUCCUUGCUAUCUUGAUCACAGCCCCAACUGGAGCUCUCAUAAUUGGCCUGACAGGACCAAAACUUCUCCAUAAAACAAGUGGUUCAGACAGUGUGGAAGAUAGGACCCAAAAAGGAAAAAAGCUACGAUCACCAGUUUAAAGAAGUAUAAGUGGAUGGCCAAAUAUCACUCCGUUGGUAUUCCCAGCUUUAAUUAGCAUGUCCUUUAAUGGUGGGCAGACAUCAGAAAACCUAUGGAAUGGAUUGCAGGUCCUGCUAAAACAGCAAAGUUGAAAAAGAAAUAGUUAUAUUAAACCAGCAUCCAAGAUUCUAAUCUUUGAAAAUAGGACUUUGGGAGGAAAGUGUCCACAAGUGAAAUGGAUAACUGACAGUUGUCUGAUUCAGGGAAACAAGUAACAGCAGGAGAACAGAAAGCUUUCAAGAUGGCCCUUGAAGUAGCUAGGAGUAAAUAAGGUGAUAUUGGACUAACUGUGAGUAGAACCAAUACUGGAAAUAAGUAAGAGUGGGAGCAUGGAUUUUGGAACGGACGGCAAAUGUUCCAAUUCUCUUUAAUUUCUCUUCAGUACACAAGGCAGUUAUGUGCUCACCAUGGAUAUAUACACUCACUCCCUGCACCUUCCAAUGUUAAUUUCCCCCUUGUUGCAUUUUUAAAACACAAACAGUCCAAACAAGCGUUAUUAGUAGUGGAAGUGGUAAGAUACGAAUUUAGCAAAUGAAAAUAACAAAAACCAUUAAGAUGCACUGUUGGCUGGACUGCUGUGAUCUACUGACAACCAAGCAUAUGAUUCAACAAAACAAAAGUUCUUGUGUUUUCCCCCUCUAAAGAAUAAAAUACUAGUAGGCUUUGGCAAAGUAUGAGUUUCAGAGCUACACACAAACCUUAUAAUUCUGUCUUUCAUACCUGUGAUUGUGGUACUGUGUCAUUUUACGAUUUUGACACCACAUGUGUCACCUUUCGGAAGGCUGUUUUACAGAGAACAAAAUGGAUUACUCCAUAGUUAAGAGAAGGCUAAAGCUAUGACUGGGAUACUUACAAAUUGCCUCCCACUUGCUUACAUGUAUCCCAAUUGCCAUAAAUCCAACAGUUUCAGGUUGACAUGUGGCUCUUCUUUGAAAGCUAUUGAUUGCUUUACAGGACCAAACAUAUGCCAAUACUCGGCUUUAUACUCUAGUCCCAGCAUUUUUAAAUGGCUGCUGGGUUGUAAUGCUUACAAUCUCAUCCCUGCCAACUGUAUGAAAAACAGAAAUAUAAAAAGUCGUCAAAUCUGUGUUUUUUUCUACUGUGGUGAAAAGAUGAAAAGAUAUUACAGUUCAAUGUUUUUAAAACUGUUGUACACAGGUACAUUACUUGAAAAAUGGCACAAGAGAAGUCCUUGGAUCACAUUUGCUGUCCGAAAGAUUAUUAUGGAAGUUUCAAAAGGCAACUACUACCAUUUCCCAAACUCUAAACUUGCUUCUACCCUUCCUGCUCCUCUGCCCCAAAAGCUGCAUCAAUUAUUGUUGUUGGCUUUGCAUAGAUACAUUAAAAAAGGGCCAACUAUUCGUGAUGAGGAACAGUCAAUGCUAAUAAUUUGCACUUUAUAUUCCUUUUCCAAGAUAUUUCACUAGGGGGAACAAAAGGCUCGGAUAUGGUUUAGUUUCCUCCAUUUUCCUCCUGUAAGAUGUCUUCAGUCUUUUCAACAUAUCCAGAUCUGACUGCCUGAGUAGAUUUGUUUUAAAUAGAGGUUGAUCUUCCAUAAUCAUUUUCCAAAACUAGGGGCAAAAUUAAUAAUUCUACCACCUUUGUAAGGUGCAAAAGUGCCAUGGAACCAGGUUUUUUAAUCACACUGGGAUUCAUUUCUCUAUCAAACCAAAGACACCAUGUUGCUACAGGAGGCUGCACUGUACCACCUUUCUUUGAAGUGCCUUCCAGCUGGGAAUUCCUGAAAAGGUUGCAUUUCUUUAUUCCACUGUACACUGCUAUCAAUUAUAAUUUGAUUUGUUUUCCCCUUGUGUUAUUCCUACUUCAUGACAAAUUUGAUAUUUGAUACUAAAAAAAAUUAAAAUGCUUUUACAAAGAUGCAGAGUGCUGCAAUAUUCAAUGGUAUUAUAUAUAAAACUCUCAGUCUUUCUUAACAGGAGUUCCUUUCCAUUGAGAGACUGGAAUGACUCACCUAUAACAUAUCUUAACAGUUGUUUUGGAACUAGUGAAUGAAUGUAUCGAGACACAACUAACCUUUGCUUUUAAUGUGUGUGUUUUUUUUGAUAGGGUGAAUAGUUCCCACAGUAGUUGGAUUAAUUUUUAAUAAAAGUGUUAGAAGCAAGUUUUCCAAAGACACUUUUUGGGAUACCUAUCUGAGAAGAAAGAGAUGAUGCAAAUCAGGUCUCACUUCACUGCUAUCAUGUGGACAGAAACAGUAUCUCAAUGGGUUUAGAGUUUAUAUCAUUGUCAGUCCAAGUUUGGUUGAUCUUUCUGUGGCAGCAGAUAUUUUCCAUAGCAUAAAUGAAGUACAAUGCAAAUCUUGACUAUUAUGGUUGUGCAUCAAAUUUGGAACUAACUAUAUAGUCAAUACGGGAGUCAGUGUGGUGUAGUGUAAUAAACUGAGCUUCAGGCUAUGACUCAAGAGACCUGGGUUCAAAACCUUGCUAACACAGAGACUCAUUUGAACAUAGCAAUGGUACACCACCCCUUGAAUAUCUUGCACAAUUCAAAAACCCUACUAUGUACAAGUCAAUUCUGACUUGAUGGCACAUAGUAACAACAAUAUGUUGGCUGUAUAGGCUCAAGAAGAUCACAACAACCUGUGCAAGUCUCUUAAAGGAAACAAUCUUAGGACUGUGCAUAAAC